AUGGCGAAGCGCCUCGCCGUCGCGCUCCUGCUGGUGCUCCUGCUCGCGUCCAGCGACGCGGGAGAGCUGAAUGGGAAGCACGGUGCUGGUAGUGCCGUCGGCGAGAUGAAGGCUCCGUCGCUCCUAGCCGGCGGGUCACCGGCUCUCGACGGCGGCCUCCCGGGGGCAGUGGACGGCCUCGCGGCGGGCCUCGGGUUGCCAGGGGCACCACCGAUUGUCGGGGUACUGAUUCCUGGGUCCCUCCCGUUCGAAAAUCCAGCACCAACAAGUCUCCAUGAUCAUCUGUGGUUCAUGUGCUAG